AUGUGGAGACAGAACAUGAAGGGGCUCAAGGACUUGUACUUUGGAGACAACCUGGCCAUGAGCACCUUCCUGGACAACUUAUGCCUAUAUGUGGGCAGAGCCAGUGGCCAGCAGAAAGGAGAAUGGGAGAGUGCCAGGAACUACUUGAUGAGGAUGAAGCAGCAGCUGGCAGGAGGAGGACUGGCAUGCCUGGAGGCCAAGAAGGAAUGCCACAGGCUGCCAAGGCUCCCUCAGAGGCUGCACCCAAGGCAGCUCCCAAAACAGAGGCUGCCAAGCCAGAGGCUGCAGAGCCCAAAGCAGGUGCUGGAGGAGGACCUGCUGUGCCUGGCAAAGGAGGAGAGGCACCCAAGGCAGAGGCUGGAGGAGGACAGGGCUGGGGGCCUGGACCUGGACCUAGUGACCCUGGCAGAGGAGGAGGGGCAAGCAUGGGAAGGAGAAAAGGGAGGAAAGGAAGGAAAAAAGGGAGGAAAGGGAGGCAAAGGAUGGCAAGAGGAGGGGUAUGAGACUGAGAGCUCCCAGUAUGAAGGCCAUGGUGGAGGGUGGAACAGAUGGCAGAAAGAAGGUGGAGGAGGACAGGCAUUCAGGCCCAACAGUGUCAAGCUACAGUUUUUCAAAACAAAAGCCAUGAAGAGGCCAGCCUGCAAAAGGCCAGCUGCCCAAGAAGAGAAAGAGGAUGAGGCACCAGAAGGGAAUGUGAGUGUAAAGCUGACAGCAGCAGCAGUGAAAGACCACAACAAGUUUUGUGAGGAAGCCAAAGACAUGACUGUGGAGCAGUUUGAGCUGGCUUUGGCGAAGAUGGAUGGGAAUGCCAGCAUGAGGCUGUGGAAGGCCUUUGAAGUCCAGAGGAAGUCAGAUGGUGAAGAAGAAGGCUACCAAGCAGCCACUUCCAAAGGGACUGGCAGUCUGAAGAAGAAGAGGCAACUGCUUUUUGGCUGGAUCAAAGAUGGAGGAAAGACAGGGGAAUACUACAGAACUUGGAUGGACACAGUCUCCUUGAAGAAGACCAAGGGUGUCACAGAAACCUGGCUAACCAAGCACCAGGCAUUGGCGCAUUGGGGCCCUGAAGAGCUGAAAGACAGAGUGAAGACAGGGUCCAUUCCGGCAAGGAAAGACCCAAGUGACAAGAAGUUUUGGCAGUUCAGGGCCCUGACAGAGUCUGCCAAGACAGGGGUAGAGAGAGUGAAGACCUCUGGGACCAGCAGCAAGAGCAAGGCCAACCUGGAAGCUCUCCAAGCAAUGAGCAAGUUGGAAGGCUUGGAGUCACUGACUGAAGAGGAUUUUGUGCCUGGCUUAGAAUCUGCCUCUGAAGAUGCUGAAGAAGAUGGAGAUCUGCAAGAGCAAGAAAGAGAAAAAGGUGCAGGUGGCAAGGACCUUCAGAAUCGGCUGGUUGCCUUCAAGACUGAGAUCACCAAGGACAUGGCCAACCUGGAAGCCCUGCUCCACUCUGGCAAGGGUGCCUUGGGCAAGGCUUUGCAGAAGGAUGCUGAGAAAGUGGUGCAAGAAGGGCAGGCUGUGCUGAAGGAGAUUGGCAAAAACAUUGGAUCAGCAAAGAAGGCUGCUGUGGCCACAGUGCUGCAGAAGGCAUUGGCAACACUGAAGCAACUCAAGGCCAAGAAGCUGCAGCUGAGGAAGUUUGCGAUGGGAAAGAUGAGUGCAAUAGAGGUGCAGGAGGUGGCCAGUGCAGCUGUCAAGUCAGGUGCUGCAACAGCAGAGAUGGUAGAGCUUCAGAAGCUUGGUGCCUUUGGCCAAACCAAGGGCAACUGCCACAGAGAUCUCAUGAGAAAAUACUUUGGAAAACUGGAAGCACCUGACCCUUGGAAACAGGCUUGCCUGCUGCAAGUGAAAGUAGAAGGGCAGCUGGAGGAAAAGAUUGUGGAUUCUUUCCUGAUGCUUCCACACCAAUGGACCUUGGCCUUGGAAUCUGCUGAGAUGCUGGCCCCUUUGACAUGCACAGAUGAAGAGCUGAGUAUGUUUUGGAAAAGCCAAAAGAAGAGUCCACAGAUGUCCCUCGCUAUGUGGAAGUCUUUGGAUUUUCACCACCCAAGCACUUUGCCAGUGCCCUGGUGCUUGCAUGGUGACUCGGCUCCUUUCACUGAAGCAGACAGCUUGCAAGUCCUGUCAAUGAGGUGCUUGCUGACCAAGAGACCCAUUGGAGAGUCCCAGCUCUUACUGACUGCCCUUCCCAAGGCAGCACUGACAAAGGGAGGCUGGCAAAAAAUGAUGGAGACUGUGGCCUGGAGCUUCUCAUGCUUGGGACAAGGAGUCGCUCCCAAAAAAGAUGCAACAGGAAAGACAAUGGAAAAAGAAAGGGGAAAAAGAUUCAGGAAAGGAUGGCUGUGGGCCAUCACAGGAGAUUUGGAAUGGUUUGCAUCAGAGUUUGGCUUUCCUUACCCUGGUGCCAACCUGCUUUGCCCUUAUUGCCAAGCAGAUGCCAACUUGACAGAGAGCAAGAGACCUUUCACAGAUAUGAGACCUUCUGCCAGCUGGAGAGAAACACUUUUCUCUGAGGACCAACUGCAGAAGAAGUAUGGAGGCCACCCUCUUUUCAAAAUCAAAGAAGUGAGAGUCAGCACUGUGAAGCUAGAUGUGCUCCACACAUUGGAUCUUGGUGUAGCAGCAUACAUGCAUGGAGAAGCCAACCUCCAAGCUUUGAACAGGUUGCUGGCCAGGCUCUAUGAGGAGCAUGGUGUGGAAGCAGGAAAAAGAAUGAAAUCUCUGAAGCUGACAGAUGUGCAAGCCAAAGCAGAAGACUACCCUUGCCUGAGACAUGUCAAAGGUGCCAAGGUCAGAGCUUUUGCUCCCAUCUGUCAAGCUCUCUGCAACCUCUACAAGGAGAGCAGAGCAGAAAAACACGGACUUGCCAUGGUUGUUUCACUGAACAACCUGUACAAGAUGCUCGACAUGCCCUGGGCACAAUGGAGUGAGAAGGUGGGCAUCGCUUGGCUGCAAGAAAUCAACAAGAUGAUGAGCCACUACUCCUUCUUGGCUGGCAAAGCCAUGACUGAUGGACUGCAUCUCUACAGCUUGACCCAGAAGCACCAUGUUCUUCUACAUCAGGGAGAGCAAGCCAGAUGGCUACACCCAAAGACUACAUGGUGCUAUGGAUCUGAAAGCUUCAUGGCAAUUGCAAAGCAGAUGGGAGCUUCCUGCACAAGAGGAACACCUGCUCACAUGGUGACUCACAAAAUGUUGCAGAAAUUCAGGCUGCUGUUUCACCUCUACAUGGAAGGCCACAUCAGCCUCACAGAAGAAGAGCCAGAGGAAGAGGAAUGA